AUGACGGGUUCCUUCGUGGAUCGGGCGACAAGCGAUGCUCUGAUUGGCCCGGAUUGGGCGAUGAACAUGGAGAUCUGCGACAUCCUCAAUCGCGACCCCGGGUUUGGUCACGCUCUUAAUUUCCAUUAAAUUGCAAUUUCCCUUUUGGUUUUGUUCUCUGCUCGUUUCUAGAUUUCGUCGUGUUUGCGAUUUCGAAUAAUUUUUGUAGAGAAAAUCUUCCUGGGACAUUUUGAUUGAGAUCUCUGCCACUUUAACUGAUCUUUUUUCUUUUGCGUUUCAUUAUUUGAUCUCGAUCUAAAUGAAUCUCAUUUUGGAAACGAUAUUUACUACCAUCUUUUUUAAUACCACAAACAGUACGCUGAGGAAUUUUCUAAGUGUAGGGAAGUGCCACUGGCAUUUGUGGUGAUAAAGGAGUAUAAAUAUUUUAAUAAGGUUAUUUUUAAAAAAAAUUGCACCCUUUUCUUUAUACUGACUGUUAAGAGGUUGUAGUCAUAUUUUUUCGAAGUAUCAGAAUGGUCCAUCUCUUCAUAGAGUUACACUUGAGGUAGGAAAAUGAUAGGUUUCACAAAUUUAUCCUAUUUAUAUAUUAGAAAAAAUGUUACACAUGCCUAAUGGCCAGGCAUAGAACAGAAAUAUGAUUCCUUUUGGCGAAAAUUUUAAUGGAAGUUGGGAAAGACACAAAUGGAAAUAAAUUGAGAAAUACAUGGGAAAAAUAUUCCCGCUGUGCAUUUUUGGUUCAUUCAAAUCUUCAUCCUUCUGAGUCCUCAGUAUCGAUAACUGUUCUAUUUCUUACUAUUCUCAAGGUAGCAAUGACACCAGGGAAAUGCUCUGGAUUAUUGAAAGCGGAUCAAUUUAAUGUUUGACUUCAGGCCUUUAUUAUACGAAUAUCUUUUGAGACUAAGAAAAAUGGUUGAUUUAAAAAAAUAUUUAUACUUCAGAAGCUCAUCUUCAAUGCGUCCAAUUAUUACAACAACAAGAAGAAAAUAUUUUGCUUGCGCUAUGGUGAUUUUGUAUGCAUCUAAAUCUUGCAGAAUAGUUGAAUAUGCUGUAUUAAUUAUUAACCAUCAUAAUUUACUCUCUUAAUGUAAAUUUGAAAACAUGUUGAGAAAAGGUUAAGAAUCAUGAUACACAGUCAUUUCCUAUGGUUUUAGGUUCGUCUUCUGUAAAAUCCAUGUUAAGACAGCAACGUGUUGUAUGAUGGAUUUUUUUGCUCGCAUCUAGCUGCUUAUAAAUUGCUUUUAAUUAUCAAGUGUUUUCUGUGACUGGUAGUUUCGACCACUCAGAUACGCAAGUAUACUUGCUUGUCAACCUUGUAUGGGACCUUGGCAUCACCACUGUAGGAUGUUCCUAUCUGGAGUAGGAUUGGCUAAACAAUGGGGAUGAAAUUUUCCAUGGAAUUAUCGUUUAAAAGCCAAUUAUGGAAUACAAGCGAACUUCCAAUGUAUUCCAUAGAUUGUUUAAUCCUGUAGCGAUACUUCAUUAUUUGGUUAUUUUGAAAGUAACAAACAGAUCACAGUUACAUGCCAUAAACUUCUUAUAAGUCUAUUUACCCUCUUGCAAGUCCUUUGUCUUCGGCUUUUGCUUGCUGAUGUUUAAUUUAAAUUUUUCAGGCAAGCGAAGGACGUUGUGAAAGGCAUUAAAAAACGCAUUGGCAGUAAGAAUCCGAAGGUUCAGCUUCUUGCUUUAACUGUAAGUGCCACAAAUUGCUGUAUGAGAAUUUAACCAACCUUUAUGCGCUUAUUCAUCUUUAUAUUGUCAUCACUGUUUUCCUCUUAGAUUUGAAGAGUCUCCUGUCUCAUACCACCAGGAAAAGGAAUCCAAAGCCUUGUUUCUGAUACGGAAUUGGUCAUGAUUAAUGAAAUAUUUAUAUUCUAUUAGUGAAUUACAUAUCGUAUCAGGGUGAAUUGGGUGGAAACCAAAUUGUAUUUAUCAAGCUAACUCGUAAUAGAGUAGUAGAGGUAGGGCUGUCAGAAUGACGGUUUCUACCGGAUUACCAGAAAGGGAAGAGAGAAAAGAGAAAUAAUGUGGGGAUGGGCUCUGAGAGGAUCCCCUGUCUCUCUUAGUCUGGGCCUCGUGUCCCUUAUUCUGUUCCUCGGGGCACCUUAUUCUGGAUCGUUCCCUGAUGAGGCAUGCCAUUCUAAAAUUUAUGGAAGUUACAAUGUCCGACUUUUAUCAUGUGUGAGGUGCUACCAAUGGCCUUGAUGUCUGCAGUGAUCUAAACCAAUUUCUGAAUUACCUUGCCUGUUUAGGUGCUAUAAAACACUAGCUUAUUUGUGUCUAAGCAAUCAUGUUGUUGUUUUCCAUCGUUUUCUUAAUACGAGCAUUUAAAAGAAGAAUUGAUGAUUGAUGCUGCUUAUUUAUUUGUUAUUCUAUUUCCAUUCUUCAGCUGCUUGAGACAGUGAUAAAGAACUGUGGAGACAUAGUCCAUAUGCAUGUUGCGGAGAAAGAUAUCUUGCAUGAGAUGGUGAAGAUUGUGAAAAAGAAGGUUCUCAUGUCCUUCUCAUGUCCUUCUCAGAUGUCGAAACCAUCAAACCUCUCUUCAAUCUCCUAAAGAUGUUUUCCAUCAUCUCGCUCUUAUUGUUGUGUUUGCAGCCCGAUUUUCGUGUCAAAGAGAAAAUACUUGUUCUAAUCGACACGUGGCAAGAAGCGUUUGGUGGGCCUAGGGCAAGAUAUCCCCAGUAUUAUGCUGCAUACCAAGAAUUAUUGGUAGGCAUCAGGAUUCUGCUAUAAAGAUAUUCUAUAUUUAAUGAUCUAUGGACAGAGUUCCAUUGAUGUGUAUGAGUAAAUUCAACUCUCCAAUGCUGUGUAGUGUACUUUGCUUUACUAACUUUUGGGUACCGUAAUUAUUUUUCUGGAAUAUUUGAAGAAUCUUGGAAUGGAUGCAAGGACGUUAACAUUUUUGCUGUCCCCACUUAUGAGGCUUAUAUUUUCAUAUUCAUCUCAUAAGUCUUUAUAAUUCAGAAUUGAUAUCAACCCUACUAUCUAUUACAUUUCUUUCAAAUUGAGCUUUUCCUCUGAUUUCAUGCCCAUCGUAAGAUUAUCUUUUCUGAAUAAUAUUUACGCAAAUGUUUCCUUUGGUAAAAAUAUCUUAACUCCUGGCAUUCUACCAUCUAUUUUUAUUUUUUAGAGCUUUUAUGAUCGUGCUUCUGACAGCUUAGUUGGUUCUCUUAUUGAUAUGUUGCAUCUUUUACAAAUCUGCCAUCAAGUGCGCUGUGUGAUGUUUAUGAGGCCCACCUGUGAUGAUGCGACCCUAUAGGUUGGCAAUUGUCCACUAUAUGUUUUCUCUUUUACAAAUCUGCUGCCAAGAGCUCUCUAUGAAUGAAUAUGAGGCCAGUCUAAAAUCUGCCAAUUUCAGUCCUUUGUUUUGCAUCAUGUACUAGUUUGAUAUACGACGUGAUGCCUGGCACUUUUAUUCCCUGUUGUCCUUUCCACAAUCCAUAUCAAUCAUUUCUUAUCGUUUGUCUCUGUUCGUCUCUCCACUGUCCUCUGUUAGUCAUCUGUCCCUGUGCAAUUCCUCGCUCUAGACUGUCAUUUAAUCAUUCAUGUUCUAUUUUCCAUUCGGUGUCUAUAGAGCUUAAUGGCACACUGUGUAGGAGUUUGUCUGUGAGGUCAUAGCUGACCAGAAAUUAUUGCUUAAAUCCCUGGAAUUUUAUUUAUAAUCCCCUGUGCUGACCAUAUUGAUUAAUAUACCUCCGGUUAUUAACGUUUGGUCUCAUGGAUGAAUAUUUCGAUAAGUUUAAUGUUUUGAUUAUCUUUUACUGUGUGGACGGGCCUUCUGUCAUAUCUGAGAUCCAGCUAUAAACCUGCUAAUUUAUGAAUUUAGUGUUUUUUCAUGACAUGUAUGAAUCAGCAGAUCCUUUGUUGUCCUUUGUUCUGAUGUUAUUUUUUCACAAAUGAUUAUAGUUGGAAAGCAAAUACUUAAUUACCUUUGUCUUAAUCGUUCUUCUUUUGUUGUCAGCGUAUUGGAGCAGUUUUUCCUCAGAGACCUGAGAGGUCUGCACCCAUAUUUACUCCUCCCCAGACACAGCCCUUGACAUCUUAUCCUGCAUCUUUACGUGGUCCUGAUUAUCAACAAGAGACUGAUAUUUCUGCUCCUCCAGAUCUUCCUAUGCUGAGGUAUAUUAUGCAUCUUCAAAAAAAAAAAUUCUAAGGAAUGAAGUCGGUAUUCCUAUUAGAUAUAUUUCAUGUCAGAAUUAUAGGCACUAAUUUUUUCAUCUUUUUUGUUCGUUUACCACUGCUCAUGUGAUGAUGAUUUACCAAGUUUCGCUGAAAGUGAAAGCAUAGAAUAUGCCAUUAGUAUAUAAAUGAUUCAUAUUCGCCAAAUUAUCUGCUUCCGUUGAUUGAUUAUUUUUUCUUUUUAAUGUGCUCUGGUUUUAUAUGUUAAUAUCAGAUUUGAAACUUAAGAUUUCAGUGUUAUCAAACACCUUCUCAAUGUCUAGACCAGCCAUUAGUUUUUCCUCCUAAUUUGUGGGCAUUGUGCUUUAUGAACCUGAAAAUUAAGGAAGGAACUCGCGAGUGUACCAGUAGAUUUUUCUGCCAAUUAAGAAUCAACUGCCUUUACCUUGAAAAGCAUGUGAGAGCACUAAGGGAAAUGAUACUCUUCAAUAGUAAAGUGAUUGAUCACAUUCUAAUCCAUGGAAAUGGCGAAAAUUUAUUAGCAUUCUGUAGAUACUCAUGUAUCCAAACAGCUUGAUCCCAUUUUCUCAAUUUAUUAUUGUACUCUUCUUACGAUUUCAACAGCAGAAAAUGAUAUUUUUUAUCACAUCAGGAGACGUGGGGCUUCUUAGGGAUUAGUAAAAGCCAAUUCGGGUCUAUAUACGUUCUAGAAUCUGUAUGCUCCGGGAUAUAAAUACCGUCUCAUAUGUUUAUUUGCUUGUCAUUCGGAAUUUAAUCAUAUUUUCUUUCUUCAGCAUGACAGAAAUACAGAAUGCACGUGAUCUCAUGGAAGUUUUUUCAGAAAUGCUUAGUGCAUUGGAUCCUGGGAACAAGGAGGUAUCUUUAUCAGAUCUCUUUUCUUUUCUUUUUGAAACAAGCACAUCUUCCCUUGUGGGGUUUUUCUCUAGAUAACGUGGUGAUAAGGAUCUCGGAUUCGGGAUCUGCUUUUGAUACGUUACUCUGCACAACUCCGUCAAAGAAUUUUAAUCCUGUUACGUACAUUUAUUUAUUUUUUGAAUCGCCCUCUAUUUUGUUUAGUUAGACGACCUUUGUCACUGUCUUUCUGGCUAUACCCAAUUGGUACUUGUUACUGACGUGCUUUUUUGUAUGGUUUUGCUGUAAUUCCUGACACUUGGAUAUUCUGAUUUGCAGGGACUCAAACAGGAGGUCAUUGUUGAUCUUGUCGGGCAGUGCCGUUCAUACAAGCAGCGAGUGGUCCAUCUUGUGAACACAACUUCGUAAGGCUUAUUGGGAUUACUCUUUAUGACAAGGAAUCCUUGAGUCCUUUUUAUGGCAUAGUAGGAACCUUUCUUUCGAAGGGGCUGAACAUGCUUUGCGAGAAAGCCUAAGCGACCCCUUUAAGCUUACUCGGCUCGUUUUUUAUAAUGGCCUUACUUUCAUCCCUAUAUAUUUGCUCUUCAAAUAUUAUCCGCUUCAUUCUCUCUUUGUACCGAUUCUGAUUCCCUGCACUUUUCUUUUUUUGACAAGCUCAAACUUUAGCAUUCUUGACUUGCAUGCCGUAAUGACAUCAAUGGUUAUUAUGCUUAUAUUCUAAUGCUUGGGUUUAAAAACUUGGUAAUUCACUGCUUCGAAUGCCUUUCUGUGUAGGCAUUGCCCCCCUUCUUGAAUGGUUUUGACCGUAGCCUUUUGUUGAAUUUGAAAAUAAAUCUUGAAUGGUUUUGUCCCCCGUUCUUCAACACCCAUAGUGUUGAAGAUUACAGCACACCAUUAGCUGAGAAUUCAUUGGCCAUCGUUCCAUAGUUCCAUAUCAUUAUUCUCACUCUUUGCUGCCAACGCCACAAACUUACCCACUAUCAUUUGGCGAUUCAUGCAUUCUUUAUUCCCCAAAAUCCAGUGUUGCAUUACAUGCACAGUAUAACCUCAUUUUGUUUGUAAAUGCUGUUGAAUCGGAGGCGAUUUUCCUAUGGGUGUUGAUGUUUCGUUUUAACUUGAUCGGUUAUGGUUGCAAUUGCCAGGGAUGAGGAACUCCUCAAUCUAGGACUUUCACUCAACGAUGAUUUGCAGCGUGUACUUGCCAAGCACGAUGCGAUUGCUGCGGGAAUUGCUGUUCGGGUGGAUAAACCAAAACCUAGCCAGGCCCUCGUUGAAGUUGGAGAUAAUCAAACUACUACUCAGCCAGGCCAGAGGUAAUUCAUCUCAUAACAUCUCCUGUCAGUUAUAGUUUGGAAAAAAAGAAAAUAUUCCGUGGAUUAAACAAGAAGAGAGCACUGUCACCCUGUAUUCAACAUACAUUUCAGUCCUGGCAUCAAAUGUUGAAUUCACUACUGAAUUAUCAUGCCAAAAAAUGAUUUCUUCGUUGGAUUUUAUCUCUGAGAAGAAGAAAACCCGGGGUUCCUUUUUUUUAGUUUCAAGGAUUGAAGAUGUUGUGUUGGUGGCUAUAUUGAAUGAAAUAAAUCUCUGUAUAUUUUUUUCUCAUGCAGAUCUACUGGAGGUGCUAGCACCAGUAACGAACCUCUGCUUCAGCAGUUAUCACUUCCCGCUCCACCAUCAUCCAACGGCACAGCUACUCCAGCUGCUCGAGUUGAUCCUCACAUGGACCUUCUAAGUGGUGACAGUUACAACACACCGGCAGCUGAGAAUCCACUGGCCCUUGUUCCAGUCAGCACGACUCCAGCUAGCUCCAUCUCUGAUCAGAACAUUCUGGCUCUUUCAGAUAUGUUUGCCGCAAGUACUAACUCGAGUAGCAACCAAAAUGGUUCUCUAGAUUCUCACUCGUUACAGCAAUUACAACAGACUUACGCCCCUGCACCCGAGUUCCAGCCACAGCAGCAGCUGACACUAGUGCCAUCUCCAUCUCCACCCCAACAGCCCCCCUAUUAUUCCAAUGGAGAUCCGGCAAACAUGAAUUUUCCUCGGUACGAACAGAAGCCCCAUAUCCCUGGAGCUCAGCUGAACAAUUUGAACGCUUCAUGGAAUGUCCAGUCCGCGCAGAACUUCAAUCCCAAUCAGCAGGAGCUUGCUUACGGUAACAUUACGAUAACUGUUCUGCUCUACUCUACUAGUUUAUCAUGUCAGUGCCCUUAAAUGUGUUCUCGUUCUGUAUUUCCUGGAUGGGUAGAUGGUAGACUCUUCUUUCUAAUCUUUAAAAUGUUUUCCCUUAUAUAGAAUUGCGGUCUUGUUCUUUGAUUUGUUUUAGAGAUGAUCUCCUUUCAACGUAUCCAGAAAUUAACUUUCUUUAUGUUCCCCUCAUUGCACAUAACUUCAACAUCCAUCCACAAUAUUUGUUUCACAAGUUUCAGCCAUGAGAGAUUACAUGGAUCUAUGAUGAGGAAGGACGUUGGCUGGCCCAGCGUUCUGGGCCACCCACCUCCAUCCUCUUUCAUGCAGGAAACCAGUCAAUUGCUGGUUCUUGUCUUUGAAUCAGUUUGCCACGAGUGAAGCUAUAAUAUUUUCUUUUUAGUUCACGUUUCUCUUGACUUUUCAUAAAAUAGAAUCCAUGUGAGUGCAACAUUCUAGAGCGUUUUCCAUCUCUGGCGGGGGCCAUGUAAGUUGCCCAUCGUACCGCUGAUCGUUGUCCCCUCGAGAACAGCUUUUCUGUGAACUGAGAUACCCCUACUUGUGCAAUGAUCUGCAAUUUCAAUCCAUGUUCAAUAGUGGAAAUUAUUACUAAAUUUCUGCCAUAAUUUCUUUCCUUCAUUAUUUCGUUUCUGGAUCUUGUCGAAUGUUGUGAAUCCCACUGAGUGAUGCAGUCUUUAAAUGAUGCAGGAUCAAAUGAUCAACAUGGAGCUCUUCCUCCCCCGCCCUGGGAAGCUCAGCCAGCACAAAACGGCCAACCCCUGCCUUCACAACCCCAGCCGCCGGCCCCGGGCUUCCAGACGGGUCACCCUCAGGCAAUGCAGCCCACCAUGAGCCCCCCGCAGAUGCCGAUGCAGAUGCAGAUGCCGAUGCCGAUGCCGAUGCCGAUGCCGAUGCAGAUGCCAAUGCCGAUGCCGAUGCAGAGUGGGCAGCAGCAGCCGAGCUUCUAUGCCGGCCCGAUGCCGGCAGUGCAGCCCUCGCCCAUGCAGCAAUUCCAGGUGGCCAUGCAGGCCGCCGCCCACCACCCAGGCGGCUAUGGGUACGCCCCGCCGCCCGAAAUGCAGUACUAUGAUCCGAGGAUGGCCUACGCCGCCUACGGGAACCCCAGCGAGAUGGCCGGCAGGAUGUACGGGCUCUCCAUGCACGACCCCGGCGGCCAGAUGAACCCGGGCGCCGCCUAUCAGACGCCCUCGCCGUCACUCUCACUCCAGCAGCCGAGCAGGCCGGCCAGGCCAGAGGACAAGCUCUUCGGUGACCUUGUCAGCAUGGCCAAGUCGAAGCAGAACAAGCCCGCUGCAAGUGAAGUAGGGAGCGCGUAA